AGAUAUAAGAUACAGAAGACAAAACUUUCUGCUAAAUUUCCUUCUCUCACCCAACCCAUGACCGAGUGUUAUAUAUUAACAAAUAACAUACCUUUACUUCCGUAGUGUACCACAGGCAAAAAAAGAAAAGAAAAAAGCAGAAACAGAGAGUCUGUAACUGUAAGAGUAAGACAGAGGGAGCACCCAUCGUCUGGCUGAGUUAUAUCACCAACCCAUCACUUCUCGAGUUACUUUCAGUCGCACCCAAACACCGCCACUCUCUCUCUUUCACCUGGUGGCUUCAACAGUUGGCAGUGGUUCACCACUCUCAGUACGUGACUGGGAGUUGGAUAAGAUUUAUAUAUACAAUGAAGCUGAAGGUAGUGUCCAAGAAAAUCUAUGAUUAUGUGCGCCAUGAUCUCAAAGAAAUUGCUUUCCCUUCUUCCUUGCCUGAUCCUCCUCACAUCAAAAAGCGCCCAAAACUCACUUGGCGUGACCGAUUCUUGAUAUUAAAGGAGGCUUCUAGGCUUUAUGCUGCAAGUUGGGUACGUGACAUUGGUCCGGAUCUUCGGCCAAAUGAUUAUAAGAAGUUUGACGAGGAUGAGAGUGAGAGUAAGCCUAAUGGAGCAAAGGGUGGGACUACUAAGGAGAGAGAACCGUCAACGUUGGAGGAUCUUGCUGUGGCUGCGAGAGGGGGAAUGGAGACACUAAGGCCUGCUUUGCAACGGGUGUACAUGACAAGAGCUUCUGCCUACAGAGAUGCUCUCAAAAGUUUUAUACAGGGCUAUCAAGAAGGUGUUCAACAGGUCAUGGAGAAGAAGGAUGAUUCUAAAUCUGAACAGGAAGGCAAUGCGCCAAAAAAUUCACAUUGACAUAAUGUAGGAAGCAAUAUAUAUGUUUCUUCUUUUCUAGUGCGUAAAAUAAUCACUCAACUUGUAGAGCUUUGCUAGAGCUCAGAUUGUAGGGAACUACUAGCAUGAUCAACUCAAAUUUAAGAGUUUUUCCAUAGUGUAAACAAACACUUGAGAGCUAUGAAUAGUCUGGAAAUUCUUUUGUACA